AGAAAUAUAAGAAAGAAAUGGACUAUGUGUAUGCUGUCAUAAAUGAAAUGGAUCGUAAACUAGAUCGUCCAAUACGUGACUUGGACGACGUGCGCAUGAUUAUGGAAACUCUAAGUAAGAUAAGAGAACAAGAAGUUGAUAUGGAAUUACGUAUAGACCCUAUUGAAGAAGCUUUUAAUGUGCUUACCCGAUAUGAUAUACAAGUUGAACGUGAACAGUUCGAUUUGGUAGAUAAUUUACGUGCAACUUUUCAAAAUCUGUUGUCAUGUGCGCUACAAGCUCAAGUUAAAUUGCUUGAAAUGCAGCCAUCUUUCCAGGAUGAUUUGAAGAAUAAUCUUUCUAAAUUUAAACAAGAUAAGAUUGAUUAUGUUAAUGAAUAUCGUACAGCUGGUCCAAUGCAGGCGGGUCUAACACCACGUGAAGCUUCCGAUCGUCUAAUACUAUUUCAAAAUCGGUUUGAGGGUAUGUGGCGCCGUCUGCAAGCCUAUCAGAGUGGUGAGGAAUUAUUCGGCUUACCGCAAACAGAUUAUCCUGAACUCGGUCAAAUACGCAAAGAACUUAAUCUAUUACAAAAAUUAUAUAAACUCUAUAAUGAUGUUAUUGAUCGUGUUAGCAGUUACUAUGACAUACCUUGGAAUGAAGUUGAUAUUGAAGAGAUUAACAAUGAACUAAUGGAGUUCCAAAAUCGUUGUAGAAAACUGCCUAAAGGUUUGAAAGAGUGGCCUGCUUUCCACGCGCUUAAGAAAACUAUUGAUGAUUUCAACGACAUGUGCCCAUUGCUUGAGCUUAUGGCGAACAAAGCAAUGAAACCACGGCAUUGGCAGCGGAUUAUGGAUGUUACACAGUAUAUAUUUGAAUUUGAUUCUGAAGGAUUCUCGUUAAAGAAUAUACUUGAAGCUCCACUACUUAAGCACAAGGAGGAUAUUGAGGAUAUAUGCAUAAGUGCUAUGAAAGAGAAAGAUAUUGAAGCUAAGCUAAAACAAGUGACUAAUGAAUGGUCAGUACAUGAGCUGCAGUUUAUGAGUUUCAAUAAUCGUGGCGAACUAUUGUUACGAGGUGAUACAACUGCUGAAACUAUAGGUCAAUUGGAAGAUAGUUUAAUGGUUUUGGGUUCAUUGCUGUCAAAUCGUUAUAAUGCACCAUUUCGCAAACAAAUCCAACAAUGGGUCUUUGAUUUAUCUAACUCGAAUGAGAUACUUGAACGUUGGUUGCUUGUGCAAAAUAUGUGGGUAUAUUUAGAGGCUGUAUUUGUAGGCGGUGAUAUAGCUAAACAAUUACCGAAAGAAGCCAAACGUUUCUCUAAAAUUGAUAAAUCUUGGCAAAAAAUAAUGCAACGUGCACAUGAGACGCCAGGCGUCGUGGCAUGUUGUGUCGGCGAUGAUUUACUUAAACAAUUAUUACCACAUCUACAGGAGCAACUUGAAAUUUGUCAAAAAUCGUUAAGUGGAUAUUUGGAGCGCAAACGUAUGAUGUUUCCACGUUUCUUUUUUGUAUCGGAUCCAGCACUAUUGGAAAUAUUGGGUCAAGCAUCAGACUCACACACCAUACAAAAUCAUUUGCUCUCCAUUUUUGAUAAUACUCGUAAAGUGAAAUUUCACGAUAUUGAAUAUAAUAAGAUGAUGGCAAUUAUUUCAAGCGAGGGCGAAACUAUACAACUUGAUCGCGCUAUACGUGCGGAGGGUUCUGUUGAGACAUGGCUUACUCAAUUACUGGUCACAGCACAGCAGUCAUUACACUCGAUUAUUAGAACCGCUUAUGCGACUAUUAAUGAUCCAAAUUUUACUUUGUUGGGCUUUUUAGAGAAAGUGCCAGCCCAAAUUGGUUUACUUGGCAUACAAAUGAUUUGGACACGCGACGCGGAAAUGGCACUGAUGCAGGCCAGAGUUGAGAGAAAAGUCAUGUCAGAGACAAAUAAUAAAUUUUUAGAAAUGCUUAAUACACUUAUAGAUCAAACAACGCGUAAUUUGACGAAAAUGGAACGCACCAGUUUCGAGACGUUAAUAACGAUACACGUACAUCAACGGGACAUAUUUGAUAUUUUGUGCCGCAUGAACAUAAAGUCGGCGAAUGAUUUUGAGUGGUUAAAGCAAUGUCGAUUUUAUUUUAAGGAAGAUUUAGACAAAACUUGGAUAUCAGUGACAGAUGUAACAUUUACGUACCAAAAUGAAUAUUUGGGUUGUACGGAUCGUUUAGUAAUUACGCCACUUACAGAUCGACAAGCGGCAAUCGAAUUAAAUCGCAAGAGCCAAAUGGUGUCUGAAGCCGUUGAAGAAGUUCUGAAUUUGGUCGAUAAGGCAACGGAAAAAUUCAAGGAAAUCGCUGGUGAUGAUAUUGUUACCUUGUUUGAUGCUUCGCCGAAAGAACAACAAACUUCUGCAAGAAAAGGUGAAGAAAGUGCACGCGCUGGCACAAGUGCAGCUGCUGCAGCGACUAAUGGUGCCACUGGUGGUGGUAGUGGUGGUGGCGCUGGUAGUGGUGGUGGCAACACCAACCAGCAACAGGACUGGAGCAUUUUGUGGUCUUGCUUUGAAAACCCACUGACACUUUUAUCCACAACUGAAAGUCUGCCAAAGGGAAUGCAGGACAUGGUCUGUAAUGCAGUUGUUGAAAUGCGCCGCUAUUACAGUCGUAAAGUGAUUGAUGUGCUCAUUAAAGUAAUAAGAGCUGCAUUGGAUACGAUUCGUCGCCGCUUUAUCUCAGAUGAGAACGAUUUGACUCCCAAGAAACCGAUUUUUGCAUUAUCUGCACAUCUUCGUAUACCGAACGUUGUUAUUAGACCCAAUUUGGAUGAACUUCAAGAUAUACUUAUAACUGCGGGUAAAACUAUAACGAGCAUUGCCAAAGGUGUAGCACAGUGGACUAGUGGUAAAGAAAAUCCGCAAGUUUCCAUUACGCCUCAACCUCGCGUUGGUCGUAACCGCAGUAAUGAAAAUAACGCUCGGUCACGAAGGCGGAAAUUAUAUUGCUUAGCCUCAGAAGAACGUCCGCAAAUGCCGCACAUGUUGAAGUCAUUUUAUUCUGCUAUAAUGGAUAAUAAGGAAGUCGCAAAAACCCUUAAUCAACUCUCGAAUUGUAUCAAAAAUAUAAAACCUGAUAUACAAACAUAUGUAAAACGUUGGAAACCAUAUCACUUCCUGUGGAAAAAUGAAAGAACCACUCGUCAGCUUAUGGAAUUUGGCUUGCAAGAAUUUGAGACCACUUUACGUUCCUUAUCUGAUUUGGAUGCUAAUUUAUUAAUAGAACCUGACAUGGAGGUGUUUGGACAAUGCAUAGCUGUUUCCAAUGAACGUCUCAAAUAUGGUUUGGCUAUCGAAAUAAAAUCAUGUACACAUAAAAUUGGUCAGGCCAUGAAGAAGAAAUAUAAGAAAGAAAUGGACUAUGUGUAUGCUGUCAUAAAUGAAAUGGAUCGUAAACUAGAUCGUCCAAUACGUGACUUGGACGACGUGCGCAUGAUUAUGGAAACUCUAAGUAAGAUAAGAGAACAAGAAGUUGAUAUGGAAUUACGUAUAGACCCUAUUGAAGAAGCUUUUAAUGUGCUUACCCGAUAUGAUAUACAAGUUGAACGUGAACAGUUCGAUUUGGUAGAUAAUUUACGUGCAACUUUUCAAAAUCUGUUGUCAUGUGCGCUACAAGCUCAAGUUAAAUUGCUUGAAAUGCAGCCAUCUUUCCAGGAUGAUUUGAAGAAUAAUCUUUCUAAAUUUAAACAAGAUAAGAUUGAUUAUGUUAAUGAAUAUCGUACAGCUGGUCCAAUGCAGGCGGGUCUAACACCACGUGAAGCUUCCGAUCGUCUAAUACUAUUUCAAAAUCGGUUUGAGGGUAUGUGGCGCCGUCUGCAAGCCUAUCAGAGUGGUGAGGAAUUAUUCGGCUUACCGCAAACAGAUUAUCCUGAACUCGGUCAAAUACGCAAAGAACUUAAUCUAUUACAAAAAUUAUAUAAACUCUAUAAUGAUGUUAUUGAUCGUGUUAGCAGUUACUAUGACAUACCUUGGAAUGAAGUUGAUAUUGAAGAGAUUAACAAUGAACUAAUGGAGUUCCAAAAUCGUUGUAGAAAACUGCCUAAAGGUUUGAAAGAGUGGCCUGCUUUCCACGCGCUUAAGAAAACUAUUGAUGAUUUCAACGACAUGUGCCCAUUGCUUGAGCUUAUGGCGAACAAAGCAAUGAAACCACGGCAUUGGCAGCGGAUUAUGGAUGUUACACAGUAUAUAUUUGAAUUUGAUUCUGAAGGAUUCUCGUUAAAGAAUAUACUUGAAGCUCCACUACUUAAGCACAAGGAGGAUAUUGAGGAUAUAUGCAUAAGUGCUAUGAAAGAGAAAGAUAUUGAAGCUAAGCUAAAACAAGUGACUAAUGAAUGGUCAGUACAUGAGCUGCAGUUUAUGAGUUUCAAUAAUCGUGGCGAACUAUUGUUACGAGGUGAUACAACUGCUGAAACUAUAGGUCAAUUGGAAGAUAGUUUAAUGGUUUUGGGUUCAUUGCUGUCAAAUCGUUAUAAUGCACCAUUUCGCAAACAAAUCCAACAAUGGGUCUUUGAUUUAUCUAACUCGAAUGAGAUACUUGAACGUUGGUUGCUUGUGCAAAAUAUGUGGGUAUAUUUAGAGGCUGUAUUUGUAGGCGGUGAUAUAGCUAAACAAUUACCGAAAGAAGCCAAACGUUUCUCUAAAAUUGAUAAAUCUUGGCAAAAAAUAAUGCAACGUGCACAUGAGACGCCAGGCGUCGUGGCAUGUUGUGUCGGCGAUGAUUUACUUAAACAAUUAUUACCACAUCUACAGGAGCAACUUGAAAUUUGUCAAAAAUCGUUAAGUGGAUAUUUGGAGCGCAAACGUAUGAUGUUUCCACGUUUCUUUUUUGUAUCGGAUCCAGCACUAUUGGAAAUAUUGGGUCAAGCAUCAGACUCACACACCAUACAAAAUCAUUUGCUCUCCAUUUUUGAUAAUACUCGUAAAGUGAAAUUUCACGAUAUUGAAUAUAAUAAGAUGAUGGCAAUUAUUUCAAGCGAGGGCGAAACUAUACAACUUGAUCGCGCUAUACGUGCGGAGGGUUCUGUUGAGACAUGGCUUACUCAAUUACUGGUCACAGCACAGCAGUCAUUACACUCGAUUAUUAGAACCGCUUAUGCGACUAUUAAUGAUCCAAAUUUUACUUUGUUGGGCUUUUUAGAGAAAGUGCCAGCCCAAAUUGGUUUACUUGGCAUACAAAUGAUUUGGACACGCGACGCGGAAAUGGCACUGAUGCAGGCCAGAGUUGAGAGAAAAGUCAUGUCAGAGACAAAUAAUAAAUUUUUAGAAAUGCUUAAUACACUUAUAGAUCAAACAACGCGUAAUUUGACGAAAAUGGAACGCACCAGUUUCGAGACGUUAAUAACGAUACACGUACAUCAACGGGACAUAUUUGAUAUUUUGUGCCGCAUGAACAUAAAGUCGGCGAAUGAUUUUGAGUGGUUAAAGCAAUGUCGAUUUUAUUUUAAGGAAGAUUUAGACAAAACUUGGAUAUCAGUGACAGAUGUAACAUUUACGUACCAAAAUGAAUAUUUGGGUUGUACGGAUCGUUUAGUAAUUACGCCACUUACAGAUCGAUACUGUGGCAUUAUAGAUGCGAAAAAUAUUGGUCUUGUUACUUCAAUAGAGCGUAUAAUAGAAUUUGUUUUUAUGCAAGCGCUGGCAUAUCCUAAUACUGAUGGGGAAGAAGAAGAUCUAAGUUGCGGUCUAAUAAAAGGACAACUUUUACCGGGACUGCGUUCAUUUUGCAGUGCUUUGCGUGUCUGUGAACAAGUGUGUGAUCACGUCAAUAUAUUUGCGGAUGGUCUUGAUCUGUUUGAAAAGGUUGAGGAUGUUGCAGAAGUAAAAGAUUUAUCUAAAAAUCAAGAAUUUUGCACUCAGUUAGAAGAGCGCUUAAAUAAUUGGAUAAAGAGUAUUAUGAAAAUACUUGGAGAAAGUGAACAAUUACGUAAAGAAAAUGAUUCAAGUGGUCCACAAGAUGAAUUAGAAUAUUGGAAAAAACGUGGUGCACAAUUUUCACAAUUAUUGGCUCACUUGCAAGAAAAGGAAGUGCAGUAUACACUUAAUUGUCUUGUAUUUGCUGGUUCAAAAACUAUUAAAAUUUGGAAAGAAACUGACUGUAAGAUAACAUUUUGCUACAAUGAAGCUCGAGACAAUUCUAAGUUCAUACAAGCGAUGGAAACGUGUUGUCACUCAUUAUAUUUAGAUGAUCCAGUAAGCAUGAAAUCUUCUAUAUUGGGCCUUUUGCAAACAGUACGUCUAAUAUACACAGUUUCACAGUUUUAUAAUACAUCAGAAAGAACUUCAGCACUUAUGGUUAAGGUAGGUAUAUAA